ACAAUUGUUUGUUUCUAAAAUAAUAAUAUUAUUUUUAAAAACCAGUACGGUGGGAUCGGGUAGCCACAAGUCUACAAGAAUUAUUAGAAAUUAAAAACAAUAAAAUCACUUUUAAAUAUACGCUUCGUUGCGAACCUGUGGAUAGCAGGUAUAAACCAGUGCAGUCCAAACAAGCACAGUAAGGAAGUUUUAUACGUAAGCAGGAAAUGAAGUGUUCGACUUGCCAAGACAAAUUGAAAAAUGUAGAUCUAGUAGUACAAUGGUAUCAGACAAAAUCGAUGGUCAACGGAUAUGGGAAACAGGACUUUGAGUUUUCGCCUGAUCGUUCGGCUAGCAGAGGACAACUAAGACAAGCGAUUGUUUCUAAAUUCAACGCACUCAAAUGCGGUUAUCUUUUCGGUGCGCAUAGUCAUUUUUCGCUGAUCAGAAACGUUUUUCUGGACGAAUACUCUGAUCGCAUGAAAAACAUUUCCGACCGCAGUGCAAUAUCAUUUUCAACGGAAACUGAAAACAUAUUCCGCUCCUUGUUUAAUGCAAAAGGCGUGCAAAUGAAUGAGAUAUGGUCGGUCGUCCGGUUCGCCACCAAAAUAGAGUACUACCUCCGCCAUUGGGAAGAUCGACACUUUAUGCGUGAAAAUAACAAGAAAAUGUUGCAGGCCCGAGAUUUCUUCGUUUGGCAACUAGAAACGUAUUUAGAAGCAAAUUGUACAGUUGGUAAUUUUUUCAACAUGAAAUCCAAUACUUGUUUGCAUUAUAAAUCCGUAGAAGAUCAAUUAAAGGAUAAUUAUUCACACGAGCUCGCAUUAUUCGCGGCAAGUGUCAACAAAGGUAUACUCAACCAGUUGUCCAACCAUAACUUUGUAAACGGUCUCCGUUACUUGGACAACCAUGAUAUUACUUUUACCGACUUGGAGGACGUGAUGUAUUACAUUUUCAAAGAAGAUUCUCCAGAAUUAGAAAGAUGUGGUCGAGUAAUCCUUGGACGGGACGAUUGGUAUAAAUGGGCUACAACUACAAAUUCGCAAAUAAAACGCAUUGACGACAACGGUUUAGCGUCCGAAGUGGCUUUCGGAAAAUAUAACCUAAUGAUGUUGGACGUGCACAAAAUGUGUAUGCUUCGAAUCACUUGGCUGAGUAUGACUCGUAUAGAUUCAAUAGGAAAAACGCGUACCGAAGAAAAUCCCAUUAACGGUAAUAAUUAUGUUCGCCAAAUAAAUCCGAUCAUAGCAAAAUUCAUUAGCUUGUUAAAUUUAAGCCACGACGAUUUCUUUUAUCAAUUAAACGACUUUUUUAGUUCUGAUCCGACUAGUUAUAUAAGAAACAAAGAUGCUGUGAUGGAAGAAAUUGCGCAUCAGCAUAAUUUGAUUUCAAUAGCGUUGGGCAUAUCUCCUAUAAACGAUCGUGUGCCCGACGGUGGUAUAGGCAUACGUAGUUCCGAGGCAAUAAGUUUACUUAAUAGUACAAACCAUGGAAGUAUUAAACUAGAUCAUGGAAAAACUGGUAUACCAGAUGAUAAACUGAAAGAGCUCAUCGCGAUUGCAAAUGAGUUGAACAAGGAAAUUAACUACCAUAGAUCCAGCAAUCCCGUUAAAUAUAAACUGUUUCAUUCGUUCAUGAAGUUUAUUGAAGACAAAUCUGGACGCAUCGAACAGUUUUUACUAGAAAAAAAACCCGAAAAACAACUUAUAAAGCUUUCGUUCGAUUGA